UGUUCAGGUAAUAAUGUCGUAAUUUCCUUUUCUCUUCUCAAUAGUUCAUAGCCCAUUCAUCUACAUUCUUAUACUAUAUUUCUUGAGGCUUUCAUGUAUUAUUUCUAUAUACCCGCUAAAGCUACUCGAUAUGAUAAGCCUUUUCCUUAUUUUCACAAUAGCCUCGUUCGCGCUUGCACGAUUCUCGAACCCCCCUCCUGGUCAAGUAACGUGGAAUAUCGGUGAGAUUCAAAAUAUCAGUUUCAAAACGGAUUUCGAAACAUUCUCCAUCGCUCUUUGGCAAGAGGGUCCUGACAGAAAUUCAGCAACUCUCGGACCUAUAGUCUUUCAGACUGUAAACAAUGCAGCGACUCAAUUUACCUGGCUUGUCCAGACGUACGACUUUGACUUGACCGUAUCGAGCGUAUUCUUUUUCUGGAUGUUCGACGGCGACCCUUCAUUUCAAGGGGACCAGUCGAGUCCUCAAAUAUCUUCGUCAUUCUUCAACAUAUCGAACGAAACCACGGUUAGCACUACAACACAGACAACGCCACCGAGCACCUCAGCCAGUCAACCACCACUAUCUUCUCUUACGGACAGUAACCCAAACGAGGCUGUCCGGAAAGAUUCCAACGAACUGAGUGCUGGGGCAAAGGCCGGAAUUGGAAUUUCUGUUAGCAUAAUAGGCCUGGCGAUAAUUACGUGCAUCGGGCUCUAUAUUAGGAAAUCGAAGAGGCAGAGUCAUCAUGUGGUUGAUGAGCCUGUCGGAAGUCCACAACCAAUUCCCCAAAAGGAAGCAUGGCAAAAUAAUAUGGUUGCGGAAAUGGAUGCCUUACAGAGGCCAAGCCAUGCCGAAUUACCUUGAGGGUGAAUGUUUUUUAAGGUAGCGUUGGCGUUGUCGAUUUAGGACUUAUCCGAAGCGAGUUGAACUGAGAUUUUAUUAGAAUAGAAGAGUUAAUUUUGGUACGAGAUAUGAAUCUUAUAACGCUUCGCAUUUUCCCAGCA